GGAGGAAGAAGUUGCUUCAUCCUCUGCUCCGUCGGAGGUUAGGGAAAACUGAGGAACCGAGGCUAGAGGAAGCUUCACUUUCUUCUGUGAUCAGAGGACGAUCUGUGCAACUGAAUGGAAAGGGAGUAGUGGGCAUAAAGGCAGGAGGGAUAUAACCUAUCCAUCACCUUGAAAGCGUAGCGCGGCAGCGCUGCAACUCCUCGAGCCGGCGCACAACACCGGACUGUGCCGGGAGCAAACAAGGGAAUGACAUAAAUAUACCCAGAGAUGGUUUACUACCCGCGGGGACCUUCAGAGACACUACAACUACUGCUGCUACUGCUGUGAACUUUUCUGUCCUAAAACUAAGACGAGUGGGAGAGGAUUAAGAAAAGUGGUUCUUCUUCUUCUUCUUCUUCUUCUUCUUCUUCUUCUUCUUCUUCUUCUUAUCAGAUAAGGGAUUAAUUAUGCCGGACCAAAUCACAGUUUCGGAGUUUGUGGCAGAGACGAAUGAAGACUAUAAAUCGCCGACUGCCUCUAACUUCACCACCAGGAUGUCCCACUGCAGGAAUACAGUGGCUGCUCUGGAAGAGGCUCUGGACGUGGACCGCAGUGUCCUGUACAAGAUGAAGAAGUCAGUGAAGGCCAUCUACACGUCUGGUCUGGCCCACGUGGAGAAUGAGGAGCAGUACACUCAGGCCCUGGAAAAGUUUGGAGAAAACUGCGUGUACAGAGAUGAUCCUGAUCUGGGUUCAGCCUUCCUCAAGUUCUCUGUCUUCACCAAGGAACUCACUGCACUUUUCAAAAACCUGUUCCAAAACAUGAACAACAUCAUCACCUUUCCUCUGGACAGCCUGCUGAAAGGAGACCUGAAGGGAGUCAAAGGGGAUCUAAAAAAACCUUUUGACAAAGCCUGGAAGGACUACGAAACAAAAGUCACCAAGAUAGAGAAGGAGAAGAAGGAGCACGCGAGGCAGCAUGGGAUGAUCAGGACGGAAAUUAGCGGGGCGGAAAUUGCUGAAGAGAUGGAGAAGGAGAGGAGAUUCUUCCAGCUGCAGAUGUGUGAGUAUCUUCUCAAAGUCAAUGAGAUCAAAAUCAAGAAGGGGGUGGACCUGCUGCAGAAUCUCAUCAAGUACUUCCACGCACAGUGCAAUUUCUUUCAGGAUGGCCUGAAAGCUGUGGACAACCUGAAGCCUUCCAUAGAGAAACUGGCCACAGAUCUGCACACAAUAAAGCAGGUGCAGGACGAGGAGAGGAAGCAGCUGACUCAGCUACGAGACGUCCUCAAGUCGGCGCUACAGGUGGAGCAGAAAGAGGAUUCACAGGUGCGGCAGAGCACCACCUACAGCCUGCACCAGCCACAGGGCAACAAGGAGCACGGCACAGAGCGCAGUGGAUACCUCUACAAGAAAAGUGAUGGGUUGAGGAAGGUUUGGCAGAAGAGAAAGUGCACAGCGAAGAACGGAUAUCUCACCAUCUCACACGGCACAGCUAACCGGCCACCAGCUAAACUCAACCUGCUCACCUGCCAGGUGAAACACAAUCCAGAGGAGAAGAGGAGCUUUGACCUCAUAUCACACGACAGAACGUAUCACUUUCAGGCCGAGGACGACCAGGACUGUCAGAUCUGGAUCUCGGUGCUGCAGAACAGUAAGGAGGAGGCUUUGAAUCAGGCCUUCAAAGGGGACCAGCAUGUUGGCGAGAACAACAUUGUGCAGGAGCUGACCAAGGCAAUCCUCGGAGAAGUCAAGAGGAUGACGGGCAAUGACGUGUGCUGCGACUGUGGAGCGCCCAACCCGACGUGGCUGUCCACCAACCUGGGCAUCCUCACCUGUAUUGAAUGUUCAGGGAUCCACAGGGAGCUGGGAGUCCACUAUUCCAGGAUCCAGUCGCUCACUCUGGAUGUACUCAGCACCUCAGAGCUCUUGCUGGCCAAGAAUGUGGGGAAUGCAGGCUUUAAUGAAAUCAUGGAGGCUUGUUUAAGUGCUGAAAAUGUGGUGAAACCGAACCCAGCCAGUGACAUGCAGGCGAGGAAAGACUUCAUCACAGCCAAAUACACAGAGAAGCGUUUCGCCAGGAAGAAGUGUCCUGAUUCAACGUCGCGGCUCCACACGCUGUGCGACGCGGUCAAGGCUCGAGACAUCUUUUCCCUCAUCCAGGUCUACGCCGAGGGAGUGGACCUCAUGGAGCCCAUACCUCUGGCCAACGGACACGAACAAGGGGAGACAGCCCUUCAUCUCGCAGUCAGACUGGUGGAUAGAACAUCCCUUCACAUCGUCGACUUCCUCACUCAGAACAGUUUGAAUUUAGAUAAGCAGACAGCCAAAGGCAGCACAGCGCUGCACUACUGCUGUCUGACCGACAACAGCGAGUGUCUGAAACUGCUGCUGCGGGGGAAGGCCUCCAUAGAAAUCGCUAAUGAGGCUGGGGAGACACCGCUGGAUAUCGCUCGCAGGCUCAAACACCUACAGUGUGAAGAACUGUUGAACCAAGCACUUGCCGGAAAGUUCAACGCCCAUGUCCACGUUGAGUAUGAAUGGUGUCUGCAACAUGAAGACUUAGAUGAGAGCGACGAAGAUCUGGAUGAGAAGCCCAGCCCCCAUCGCAGAGACGAGCGCCCGGUCAGCUGCUACACCCCGAGCAGUAACUCCAACCUGGGGCCCGGAGGCCGCGAUGCUGUCAGCCUCACCAAGGACAAACAACGCGCCUACAUGCCCAACCUGGUCAACAACGAGACCUAUGGCACCAUCCUCAACACCAACCCUCCUCAGCCCGCCACCACCUCCGCUCCACCCCUGCCCCCAAGGAAUCUGGUCCAGUUAUCCGGUCUGGGAGGGCUCAGUCAGUCCUCUGCGUCCAGCAGCUGGAAGCCCGGUUCUUUAGACCUAAUGGGGCGACAGAGGUCGUCCUCAGAUCCUCCCAACAUGCACCCUCCUGCCCCCCCCAUGAGACUCACCUCAGCUGGAGGUCUGGGUCCUCCUCCUGUGGCAAAGCUGGAAGCUAUGAGCAUACAGUCCAAAUCAGGCCAGGCACCACUGGGGUCCAGAGCAGUGCCACCCAAAUCUCCUGCAGGUAAUGAUAAAAGCUUCAGCAGAGGGCCUCUAAAUCGAACACAAUCUAUCGAAAGACCAGCUAAGGAAGUGCCAGGAUGCCCCCAGAACUCCAUAGGUCAGUCUCUGCCUCCAGCUCCUAUGCCGAGGAAGGCCUAUCCAAAGCAGAGGCCGAAGCGAGUGAAAGCCAUCUACAACUGCGUAGCCGACAACCCAGACGAGCUGACCUUCUCUGAGGGCGAGGUGAUCGUGGUGGACGGAGAGGAGGACCAGGAGUGGUGGCUGGGCCACAUCGAAGGCGAUCCAAUCAGAAGAGGGGCCUUCCCGGUUACAUUUGUACACUUCAUCGCUGACUGAAAGGUCACUCUGGGUCUCAGGAAGUGUCCCGGGAUGCAUCUCCCACUCCUUCAAACGUCUGUGUCUGCCGGCCAGCAAAACACCCACCAUCAUCCCAGUGUUCGUUGUCGACAUCAUCAUCAUCUUCAUCUUCACUGGCAUCAUCGGCGUGCUCGUUGGAGGGCCGCUGCUGUAACAUCAGCAACUUUGUGCAGACUUGUGCCAGAAAGUCUGGGUGUCAUCGAGGACUCAUGGGAACUGCAUGUGAUUUUUAACGCUUGCUGUUUGUGACGCAGACUCUUAAGACUAAAAAAAACAAAACAAAACAAAAAAAAAAAACAAUGAUUGUAGUGAAUGACCUCUCGCAAUAAAUGCACUUUCCUUGUCUUUAUCCCUGUUACAACAUAAGAUGACAUGUGACGUAAUGAAGGUUGUAUGUACAGUAUUCAUUUCUCCCGUUUUCUGUUUAGCUGCAAUGCACAAACAGUCUGUAAAGUGAUAGUACUGAAAGACUACAACAAUGUAUUUUAACCUACUAACAACUGUAAAAGUCAACAUAGUCAACAUGCUUACAUUCCGCCUCUGUGCAUGAGCGAUUUUUAAAAGCCUACGUGCUUCUGGGUGCAACUUGUCAACUCCGUAGUAGCCCUCCUGCGUUUUCCUAAUGGUGCUAAGUUAACCCCAGAUUAUGCUAGAAGCUGCACCCAGGGGAGCGCGUCCCCGUUUCAAAGGCAGACUGGCAUUUAAAAAGGGGGAUGCUGCAUGUACGACAAAAAAACAAAAAACAAAAUAACAACUCAUCACACCUGGGAGAAGCCUCUUUCUCGUGUGUGUCGAGUAAUAGAGCUGCAAAUGAAUUCUAAGUCAUGCAUCUUCCACGAUUGCUUUUCCACACACACACACACUUGGAUAAUUUUCAACAGCAACACUCCAGUUCUUCCUCCCGUACUGUUUUAGGACAAAUGAUGACACUGACUGGAGCUGCAGCAGCCGGCAAUUAUCUUUAUGUCGAGUCUGACACCUCAGGCUGUCUUCACCUGUCAUCUGCCUUAUUAGAGGAAUAGGAGGCGUGUGUGCGUGUGUUUGUGUUCGUGUGUGCGCACGUCUCGUCUGCACAGAAUAAGCUGAAAAUGACAGAAUAUUGAAGUAAGAGGAAAUAAAGGAGAAAAAAAGCGCAGGAAUGUGAUGAAAAGCGGGAGUUAGCUGUGACUUUUGUCGCUUCCUCUUGCCUUUAGAGCCCUCACACUCUGACAGGCUGUUUUUUUUUUUUUUCAUCUUCACAUAUGAGCUAAAUUAAGUCUCUAUCUUUGACUGUCUCUAUACAACCAGACAUGGAGAGAAAAGAUUAUCCUUCCUACAGCUUAAACCUCUCAUAUUUGUACAUUUCUGAGGUUCCAUUAUGUAGAAAGAUGAGUUUAUCUAUAGUGUUAUGAAAUAAAUAUAAAACAUACAAUGUAAUUAACUUCCUUUUUGGUUGCAGAGCAACUUUCUCUCUGUUCAUAAUGUUGAUACUGAGGCAUUUAACCUGAAAUCAGAGCCUUCCAUGGAUUUGUGAAUGACAGGAAGAGAAGCAUGUGACUCGCAGCUGAUACACUCUCUUCAUAAUGUUUAAUAUUAACUCACUGGAAACAGGAAGAUUUAAUAAUCUAUUCAUGUAAAUAAAUUUUGUUUUGGUUUUGUUGAUAUUUAAAUGUAAGCCUGGGCAGUAAAUGUCUUUUAAUGCACUGUGGUGAUGAGCAGUUUCAGAUACGACCUCAGCUGGACCUGUGUGUGUGUGUGGAAACAAAUACACACACACACACACACAUUACCGGGAAAAUAAACUCAGUUCAUUCUCAUUAACUGUCUGUGGAUCACUGCAUCGACUCAACUCUGUUGUGCAAGAAAAUGGGAAAAUGAAACUGGAAUAAUAAAAUAUGA